AUGUCAUUGUUCUGUUCGAUCUCGGGGCAACCGCCGUUGAAACCGGUGCUGUCGAUCAAGUCGGGCCACGUCUACGAGCGCGAGUUGGUGCUCAAGUACCUGCGCGACAACGAUGGCAAGGACCCCAUCACCGGCCAGCAACUGACCGACGAAGACCUCGUCGAGAUCAAGACGGGUACGUGCACUUCUUACGGUUGAGGGCCAUGAUGGGAACCUGCCAUGCUUGGGGAGUGGCCCUGCAUCUGCCCUGAUCUGGCAGUCGAGGAUUUGCGUCGUCGAGCUGCUUGCCGCUUGCUCAUGGCAGUGCCUGCACUCGAUUCGCACCACUGCACGGUCCAGUUCACCCACCACCAAUUCCACAUGAUCUUCCCUCAGCACUGUACUGAUAAAGUGCUUCUGGCGCCACGUUGCCUUGGCUUCCCACCCCCCAACAGCGCCGGGAGCGCCAUCUGCGCCGCCUCGCCCUCCGACCUUCACCUCGGUCCCCGCGCUGCUGCACACGCUCCAGUCCGAGUGGGAUGCGACCAUGCUCGAAUGCUUGGAGCUGCGUCGUGCCGGCGAGGAAUUGCGACAGGAACUCAGUCACGCCUUGUACAAGGAGGACGCCGCGAUGCGCGUGCUCGCAAGGUUGACACGGGAACGUGACGAGGCCAGGGAGUGGGUGCACACCACUAUUUUCAUUCUUUUCGGAGCGGGUGUCACCGUCUAGAUGACAACGACCGCGUGGCCGAAUCAUGGAUCCUGACCUUGGUCACUUACCCCUCGCCCAACAGAGCGCUCGCGUCGGUCAAGGCGACGCUCGGCCCUGCGUUCUCGAGUGGUGCCGCCAAUGGUGCCGGUGGUGAUGUCGAGAUGGAGGCAUCGAACCAAGCAUCCGAAGCACCCGAGGCCGGCCUACCUGCCGAGGCGGCGCAGAUCGUUCAGGACACCAACAAAGCGUCAGUCCCUCGCGCCGGCGUCCCCGUCCCACUGUCGAAUGUGCUCAUUAGGUAUCACUGGUUAUCCUUCUGCAGUCUUUCCGCUACACGACGAAAGCGAAAGGCCCCCGCCGACUAUGCGACCGCCGAUGCGAUCAAGGCAUAUACGACCACGACCGCGAUCCCGAGUCUGCACACGACCAAGCCCGCCGGACUCUCGGCACUCGCCUUGGCCAAAGAUGCGUCUUUGAUCGUUACCGGAGGGUAAGUGCACAAUCUCGUAUCGAGUCGAGUCUCGAGCUGCGGACCCAUGCUCACUCCGGUGUGUCGCCCGCGUCCCGCGCCUCCAGCCUCGACAAGGCCGUCCAGGUUUACGACCGCUCGACCUCCAAGAUCGUCGCCACGCUCAAGGGCCACACCAAAAAGGUCUCUGCCGUCAUCGCCUCGUCGACGCUGACCGAUGCCGGUCUGCCGACAUUCCUCGUCUCUGGCUCGCUCGACAAGGCCGUUCGCGUCUGGACGCCGAAUGGAGCCAAGACCGUCUAUGGCUCGACGAUCCUCGCGACUGGGGGUGAAGUCAGUGGGCUGUCGCUGCACCCUUCCGGACGACUCGUCGCAUCGGCCUCGUUGGACGGAUCGUGGGCCAUUCACUCGCUCGACGGUGCCAAAGCUUCGACCGUCUUGACCGGGCAACUUCCCGUCGAGGGCGUCUCGAGUACCUCGAUCGCUUUCCACCCCGACGGAGCCAUCUUCGGUCUCGGCUCUUCGGACGGUCAGAUCCGUAUCUUUGACAGCGUCACGGGCAAGAUCGCAGCCACAUUCGACACGACCCUGGGCGAAGCGGUCGUAUCGUUGUCCUUCUCCGAGAACGGUUACACGCUCGCCUCGGCGUCCAAAGGCUCAAACAAGGUGCAAAUCUGGGACCUGCGUAAGCAGACCAACUCAGCCAACGUCGAGCUGCCCGAGGGCGAAGCCACACUCGUCAACCAGGUGCGCUUCGACCCUUCGGCGCAGUAUUUGACCGUCGUCGGCAACGACUUGCGCGUAUUUGCGAACAAGACGUGGGAACCGGUGCUGGUUAAUGAGGAAAACACGAGUGAGAUCACGGGCGUCGAGUGGAGUGCGGACGGGAAGGAGAUCGCGACGAGUAGUCUGGAUCGAUCGGUUAGGUUCCUCGGAACGGCUUGA